AUGGAAUUAAGAUUUCCCAGGUUUAGCCAAGGCUUAGCUCAGGACCCCACUACUCGUCGUAUUUGGUUUGGUAUUGCUACCGCACAUGAUUUCGAAAGUCAUGAUGAUAUUACUGAAGAACGUCUUUAUCAGAACAUUUUUGCUUCUCACUUUGGGCAAUUAGCAAUAAUCUUUCUAUGGACGUCCGGAAAUCUGUUUCAUGUAGCUUGGCAAGGAAAUUUUGAAUCAUGGAUACAGGAUCCUUUACACGUAAGACCUAUUGCUCAUGCGAUUUGGGAUCCUCAUUUUGGUCAACCCGCUGUGGAAGCCUUUACUCGAGGAGGUGCUGCUGGUCCAGUGAAUAUUGCUUAUUCUGGGGUUUAUCAGUGGUGGUAUACAAUAGGAUUACGCACCAAUGAGGAUCUUUAUACUGGAGCUCUUUUUCUAUUAUUUCUUUCUACGCUGUCCUUAAUAGCGGGUUGGUUACAUCUACAACCCAAAUGGAAACCAAGCCUUUCGUGGUUCAAAAACGCGGAAUCUCGUCUCAAUCAUCAUUUGUCAGGACUUUUCGGGGUAAGUUCUUUGGCUUGGACAGGACAUUUAGUUCAUGUUGCUAUUCCCGCAUCCAGGGGGGAGUACGUUCGAUGGAAUAAUUUCUUAGAUGUAUUACCCUAUCCCCAGGGGUUGGGACCCCUUUUGAUGGGUCAAUGGAAUCUUUAUGCCCAAAACCCUGAUUCGAGUAAUCAUUUAUUUGGUACCGCUCAAGGAGCCGGAACUGCCAUUCUAACUCUUCUUGGGGGAUUCCAUCCACAAACACAAAGUUUGUGGCUGACCGGUAUGGCUCACCAUCAUUUAGCUAUUGCAUUUAUUUUUCUCAUUGCCGGUCACAUGUAUCGAACUAACUUCGGAAUUGGGCACAGUAUUAAAGAUCUUUUAGAAGCGCAUACUCCUCCGGGGGGGUUGAUUAGGGCGUGGGCAUAAGGGCCUUUAUGACACAAUCAACAAUUCGAUUCAUUUUCAGUUAGGUCUUGCUCUAGCUUCUUUAGGGGUUAUUACUUCCUUAGUAGCUCAACAUAUGUACUCUUUACCUCCUUAUGCAUUCAUAGCACAAGACUUUACUACUCAAGCUGCUUUAUAUACUCAUCACCAAUAUAUUGCAGGGUUCAUCAUGACAGGGGCUUUUGCUCAUGGAGCUAUUUUUUUCAUUACGGAUUACAAUCCGGAACAGAAUGAGGAUAAUGUAUUGGCAAGAAUGUUAGACCAUAAAGAAGCUAUCAUAUCUCAUUUAAGUUGGGCUAGCCUCUUUCUAGGAUUCCAUACCUUGGGCCUUUAUGUUCAUAACGACGUCAUGCUUGCUUUUGGUACUCCAGAAAAGCAAAUCUUGAUCGAACCUAUAUUUGCCCAAUGGAUACAAUCUGCUCAUGGCAAGA